AUGUCUUCCGAAGAGAGGAAGAGAAAACUCGAAGAGUUGUCGGAAAAAGCUAGAGCAAAGAAAGCUACUGAACUUGAAGAACAGGAGGAGCGCAAGGAAUCGACAAAAAAAGCAAAAUCCAAAUUCAGUAAUUCACAGAAAGAUAAAAAAACGAAAUUAUCUGCUAGCCCUUCACCAGCAAAGAAUAAACCGCUUCCUCCUCUGAGAGGGAGUGGAAGAACUGCACGUCAAGAUGAAUAUGAAGAUGAUGGAUUCAUUGUGGAUGAUGAAGAAGAAGUAUCUGCAUCAGAAAGUAAAUCAGAAUCCGAAGCUUCUAACCUAUCUGACCAGUUAUCUGAACCAAGUGAUUCUGGAUCAAAAAAAAAGAAAAAAGUCGCGUCCUCGACAAAAAACAAGAAAUUAAGCAGCAACAAAAAAGUAGGCAAUAAUGGUUUUGAAAAUACUGUGACAAAACGAAAGAAAGAUGAAGAGGCAUCUGAUGAAGAUGAGGUUGUAGUAAAAAAGAAAUCUGAUAAAAAAAAAAAGAAGCGUAAUGAUGAUGAGGAAUCUGAUGAAGAUGAGGUUGCGGUAAAAAAGAAAUCUGAUAAAAAAAAAAAGAAGCGUAAUGAUGAUGAUUCAUUUGACGAAGCUUCUGCUGAUGAUUCAGAUGAUUUAAAGUAUGAGCUUGAAGGUCUUGAUACUUCUACAAUUAUUCCAGGACGAAGAACAAGAGGGAAACGAAUAGACUUCACAGGGCAGUAUUCGUCACGAAAACGCAUGGAAGACGAUUCUCUCUUCCGGUCUCACCGCUCAGCACCUACGCCGUCAACACCGGCACCUCGCAGACAACGUAGCCUACCUCCGAGUUUACCUUCCUUCGAUACCUCUUUGCUUUUUCACCGCACGUUACAUUCGCGCAUAUCAAACAAGCAUCAUGGUAUAACUCGUGCAAAAGUAAAAGUUGCUAUCGAACUUGAAUUAAGGGAAGAGAGGCUAAGGGAGGCUUCUGCGCGUGGUGAUUGUAAUACCGGUACCAGUAGCUUUGCUUGCUUUGUUUUCGAAAUCAGAGAUCUUAUUAAAUUACUUUCUACUACUCCGCAGCCUGAUAUUAACAGUGCAGACGAGAAAGGUAGAACACCUUUACAUUUCGCUUGUGCUGGUGGGCAUAACGAUUGCGUCAAGCUAUUAAUUGAACGUGGCGCAAAUGUUAAUGCGGAAGCAGACAUUGCCGGAAAUAGACCUUUACAUUUGGCUGUCAUUUCCAAUAAAAUGGAUUGCGUUAUAGCUUUAUUAGAAGCAGGUGCAAAAAUAAAUAUGAACGAUGCAUUUCAUCGUACACCGUUAUCAGUCGCAAGAUCGCGCCUUAAUAUUUUAAUGAAGAAUAUCGAAUCUGCUAAUGUAGAUGUUGAAGAAAUGGUCGAAGAUAAUGAACAUAUACCCGAAAAUCGGGAAAUCUUUGUGCAGGUUUUACAGAUUAUCAAAAUUCUACGACAUUAUUUAUCAAUAGAAAAUAGAGAUAUAAAGAACAAUACUGAAAUUAUGGGUUCAGCCGAUACUUCUUUUACAACUGGUAACGAGCCUAUGACAAUUUCUAAUACAGGAUCAGCAACAAGUGCUAUGGAAGCCUUAGACGAUUUAACCUCCCAAUUGUCACAAAUGGCCAUUUCAACUUCAAAGUUUGAAAACGCAAGUAGUAACAGCACUAUAAAAA